UCACUUGAUCAUUUUAUGUAAUAUGUUGUACACUCAGUGUAUAUUGUAUCCACAGGAGGUUGGUGGCACCUUAAUUGGGGAAGACAGGCUUGUGGUAAUUGCUGGAGCAGAAAUAGGCAGAAUGGUAUCAAAUACAUCAAACGUGUGGUUUCCAUGUGUUUGAUGUCAUUCCAUUCACUCAGUUCCAGACAUUAUUAUGAGCUGUCCUCCCCUCAGCAGCCUCUACUGAUUUGAUCAACUACCAAGAGAAAGAAUACACAUUGAGAAUAAUAAAAUAAUUGGAAGAAUUGAAGAUAGGAUUCAUGCAACAAGAAGAUGGGACUGGAUGCCAUGUAAUGUCUAAUUCUCACCAUAUGGUGGCAGUGUAAUCGUGUGUGUUUGUGUGUGUGUGUGUGUGUGUGUGUGUGUGUGUGUGUGUGUGAGAGAGAGAGAGAGAGGAGUUAGGGGUUCUGUACAUAGAGAGUACAAACCAGGAGGACGAGGACAGAGAGAUACCAGAGAGAUGGUGAGUAUGUCUGUUGAUUUUAACAUCAAGUCAUUCUAGUUUUGCUUUAGACAACUAUGAUAUCUCAUAUCGCUCUCUUCUUCUUCGCUGUUUGUGUUCGCAGUACGGAUUCAUAAACACCUGUCUGAAAUCUCUGGUAAUUGAGAAAUUUGGUGAAGAAACAUGGGAGAAACUGAGGACCCUGGCAGAGGUCCAGGACACGUUCAUGACUUAUGAGAUAUACGAUGAUGUCAUAACUCUGCGUCUGGUGCAGGAAGCAUGUACUAUGCUGGACAUGCCUUCUGAGGUGGUGCUGAAGCUUUUCGGGGAGUACUUCUUCAGCUUCUGUAAGAUGGCGGGGUACGACACCAUGCUGCGUACGCUAGGGGGGAACCUGGUGGAAUUCAUUGAGAACCUGGAUGCCCUUCACAGCUACCUGGCUCUCUCCUACCAGGAGAUGAACGCUCCCUCGUUCCGUGUGGAGAAGAACGAUGAUGGGAGGAUGUUGCUUCAUUACUACUCGGACAGGAAAGGCCUAUAUCACAUUGUGCCAGGCAUCAUUGAGGCGGUGGCCAAAGACUUCUUUGACAGCGAAGUGAGCAUGACCAUCCUUAACCAAUCAGAGGAGGACGAGCGCACAGGGAAGAAAGAGCAUGUGGUCUUCCUGGUCUCUCAGAGGAGCCGAGGAUCAAAGAGGGAUUUCCGGCCCCAAAGAGAAAAGAAGGAGGUAACCAAGGAGGAUGAGGAGAUUGAUAGGAGGCAUCAGGCAGAGGCAUUGGAGAGGAUGAGAGCCAGGUGUGCCAGUCUGCCCCACUGCCCUGCUGGGAAAAGAUCACGCUGGGAUAUGGUUAGGAGCGUUGUCAUGUUUGGAAAAGAGAACCUUCUGAAGUCGUUCACACCCUGCUACCCAGAUAAGCUGUGGAUGGAGGAACAAGCAUUCUGCAAUGCCUUCCCUUUCCACAUUGUCUUUGAUAAACAGCUCAAGGUGAAGCAGACUGGGAUUAACAUCCAGAAGUUUGUCCCUGGGCUGCAGACGAUGGACAGCCGUCUGGAUGAGUACUUCAGCAUUGUCCAUCCGCAGGUGACCUUCAACAUCGAGAGCAUCAGGAAGUUCAUCAACAGCCAGUUUGUCCUGAAGACCAGACGGGAGAUGGUGCCUCUGGCCUCUCAGCAUCAGUCCAUGCUCAAACUCAGAGGUCAGAUGGUGUGGAUGGAGUCUCUGGGCUGUAUGGUGUACCUGUGCUCCCCGAAGCUGCGCAGCCUGCAGGAGUUGGAGGAGAGGGGUCUGCACAUCUCCGACAUCGCACAGCACGACACCACCCGGGACCUCAUCCUGCUUAACCAACAGCGUCUGGCCGAGAUGGAGCUGUCCAAUCAGCUGGAGCGCAAAAAGGAGGAGCUGAGGAUCCUCUCACGUCACCUCGAGGCGGAGAAGAAGAAGACGGAGACUCUGCUCUACGCCAUGUUGCCUCGCCACGUAGCCAACCAGCUGAAGGAGGGCAAGAGGGUGGAAGCAGGUGAGUUCCAGGUGUGCACCAUCCUGUUCAGUGAUGUGGUCACCUUCACCAAUAUCUGUGCUGCCUGCGAGCCCAUCCAGAUCGUCAACAUGCUCAACUCUAUGUACUCCAAGUUCGACCGCCUUACCAGCGUCCAUGACGUGUACAAGGUGGAGACUAUUGGAGACGCCUACAUGGUGGUGGGUGGGGUUCCCAUUCCAGCUGACAGUCAUGCAGAGCGGGUGGCCAACUUUGCCCUGGGUAUGCGUAUCGCUGCCCGGGAGGUGACCAACCCUAUCACUGGGCAACCCAUCCAGAUUCGGGUGGGUCUGCACACAGGUCCAGUGCUGGCUGGUGUGGUAGGGGACAAGAUGCCUCGAUACUGCCUGUUUGGAGAUACGGUCAACACUGCCUCCCGCAUGGAGAGUCACGGAGUGCCUGACCACAUACACCUCAGCCCCUUCACAUACAGUGCGCUGGAAGAUAAGGGCUUUGACAUCCUGGAAAGAGGAGAGAUCCAGGUGAAGGGGAAAGGCCUGAUGACCACCUACUUCCUGCUGCAGAACCUGUGUGUGUCUGAGGACACCAUCAUGGCCAGAGGGACAGGAGAGCCCUGCGUGUACAGAGACAACCAGCAGGGGGCGGGAGAGAGCGAGAGAGACACAGAAGAACCAGACAGUGUGAGAAAGGAAGAAACGAAUGGCCAAACCAUGGCAUCUGCUUCUUCUUCGGGUGACCUCACCAACGAAGACACACCUUUUCUGGGAGACACUACACCUUUUCAAAAGGGCCACCUCAACGACGUGAACUCACGAUUCUGCCGACUGCUCUAAGUAUGUGGAGUUGGACUCCAUUUGGAAGCAUAUCAUUUGAAAAUCUGAGACCAUUUAGGAAAUGAAAUGUUGAACUCCACAAAGGCAUGCUAGUUCUGACAGUUUCCAAAGAAUCAACAAUGUUUCUACACAUGCUUGCUAACCCACUGGGCACAGAUGUCAAUUCAAUGUCUAUUCAAUGCUGGUUCAAUGUAAUUUCAUUGAAAUGACGUGGAAACAACGUUGAUUCAACCACUGUGUGCCCAGUGGGAAGUUUUAUAAAUACUGUAGACAGAAAGUAAUAAAUCGGUAUCUCAAAUUUUUGUUGAUGAUCCAAUGGUCUCCACGUUGAUGCAACAUUGUAACCACAUUAACAUGAUGAUCUUUAGAUAUUCUAACUAGGUUGAUUCAAUCUGUGGGAGACUCCUGGAUGAGCUCUGUGUUGUUGUGGUGACUGCCGCCUGCUGGGGGACACCUGGGUUUGCCAUGGGGUGGUGACACCUGGGG